CCCAAAGUGCUGGGAUUACAGGCGUGAGCCACUGCACCCAGCCGCAAUUUUCAAGAUUAUAAACAUUGAAAACUUAAAAACUGGAAGGCACCAGGCCUCAAGUGUAUUCGAGCCGGCUGUGGCGGCCAAAACAUCACCGGCAAGCGACUUUGGCGCGCAAUCGCCUCUUGGGGGUGGAGCCUCGCCCUCCAGUUUACGCCUGCGCGCUGCGUCCAGCCAAUCAGCGACGUGUCCAGCUGAGGCGAGACCGCCUUUUCUUCAGCGCGCAUCUCAGCUUGCCUCAGAAGCGUCGCGGCUAAGGGGUACUUCGGGUGAGGAAGCAGCUAGAUAUGGUGUCCUCCAGAAAAAAGUAUUCCAGGAAAUCUGGGAAGCCAUCCAUGGAAGAUCAGUUUACCAGAGCCUAUGACUUUGAGACUGAAGAUAAGAAAGAUCUGAGUGGUUCUGAGGAAGAUGCUAUUGAAGGGAAGACUACGGUCAUUGAGAAACGUAGGAAGAAAAGAUCUUCUGCCGGAGUAGUUGAAGAUAUGGGGGGUGAAGUACAGAAUAUGCUGGAAGGAGUUGGAGUUGACAUUAACAAGGCUCUUCUUGCCAAGAGAAAGAGACUAGAAAUGUAUACCAAGGCUUCUCUCAAAACUAGCAACCAGAAAAUCGAACAUGUUUGGAAAACACAACAAGAUCAAAGGCAGAAACUUAACCAAGAAUAUUCUCAGCAGUUUCUGACUUUGUUUCAGCAGUGGGAUUUAGAUAUGCAGAAAGCUGAGGAACAAGAAGAAAAAAUACUCAAUAUGUUUCGACAGCAACAAAAGAUUCUUCAACAAUCUAGAAUUGUUCAGAGCCAGAGACUGAAAACAAUUAGACAGUUAUAUGAGCAGUUCAUAAAGAGUAUGGAAGAGUUGGAGAAGAAUCAUGAUAAUCUACUUACUGGUGCACAAAAUGAAUUUAAAAAAGAAAUGGCUAUGUUGCAGAAAAAAAUUAUGAUGGAAACUGUAAGUGAUCAUAUUGAAAUUGAAAAAAUAAGGAUUAAUAUAAGCAAUGAAAUAUUUUAUUUGCUGAAAUAGGUAUAAUACUUAACUAAAAAUUAAACAAAUGUUUAAUAUCUCCUUCCAUGAAACAGCAGCAGCAAGAGAUAGCAAGUGUUCGGAAGUCUCUUCAAUCCAUGUUAUUCUGAUGACUCUUUGAAGAAAGAACUUGAACCUAAGUAAUAUGAUACAAUUAUAUUAGCUAAGAAGCAUAUUGUGAGUCUUUAGUAGCUUAAUUAUAACAUCUUUAAUAAUAAAUCUGUUUCAUUGUAAGACUUCUCUUUCGGUUAAGUCAAAUCUAAACAGUUAUGUGAGUUAGCAACUACUCCUAAAGAAUAUGUCUUGAGUUUUCAGCUCUUUAGUAAUGAUAGUGAAUUUUUCUCUCUUAACACUGUCAAUUAAAUAAAGACAAUUUAAUUUUA